CAGCUGAGCAACACAGAGACAUCACAUCUUGCACUCCUCGCCCUCUCCAUCACAAAUAUCUACCACUCGACCUAAUACCAGACCGAAACUGUUCCUCCGCGACGAAUAUUGCGCCUAAGGAUCGUCCGGUCGCAAGAUCUGCACAAGACCACCUGCCGAACCAACUCCACCAGAGCCUGGAAGCCUGAUCUAGACGCCUUAUCACGCACUGGAAUCAAGAGCCCCCUUACAUAGAAGGCAUAUAUACUAUAUUCGACAGCCUUACACCUUCUGCCUCCGCCCUGUCCCACAGCCUUGAGCGCAUAUCUAGGCACCCAUCAUACGGCUGCCGGCUUCUCACAAACGACUACGCUACGACCGAGCAUUCUAUUGAAGACACACACUACAACCAGAGUCGUGGGAUCGAACACUAUAUACCAUGGCGAGCCCACAAGCACAAAUCCAACCAUGCCGGUACAAGACAGGGAAGACGCUCGGAGCGGGGAGCUACUCGGUCGUCAAGGAGUGUGUGCAUAUUGAUACCGGGAGGUAUUAUGCCGCCAAGGUCAUCAAUAAGAGACUCAUGGCCGGGAGGGAGCAUAUGGUCAGGAACGAAAUCGCCGUGCUGAAGCGGGUCUCCAUGGGCCACAGGAACAUCUUGACGCUGGUGGAUUACUUCGAGACCAUGAACAACCUCUACCUUGUCACCGACCUCGCUCUCGGCGGAGAGCUCUUCGAUCGUAUCUGCAGAAAGGGCAACUACUAUGAGUCCGAUGCUGCUGAUCUGAUCCGCGCGACCCUAUCCGCGGUCGCCUACCUCCACGACCAUGGAAUCGUACAUCGUGAUUUGAAGCCUGAGAACCUGCUCUUCAGGACACCGGAAGACAAUGCGGAUUUGCUCAUUGCGGAUUUUGGGCUAUCCAGAAUCAUGGAUGAGGAGCAGUUCCAUGUCUUGACUACGACAUGUGGAACGCCGGGAUAUAUGGCGCCUGAGAUCUUCAAGAAAACUGGCCACGGGAAGCCUGUCGACGUCUGGGCCAUCGGAGUAAUAACCUACUUCCUCCUCUGCGGCUACACCCCAUUCGACCGCGACUCCAACCUCGAAGAAAUGCAAGCCAUUCUAAUCGCAGACUACUCCUUCACACCCUUGGAGUACUGGCGCGGUGUUUCCCUCCCUGCCCGCGAGUUCAUCCGCCGUUGCCUGACCAUCGACCCCGCCGCCCGCAUGACCUCCCACGAGGCCCUCUCGCACCCCUGGAUCGCCGAUAGCACCACGAGCGAGAACAACGAGGAUCUUCUACCGACCGUUAAGAAGAACUUCAAUGCGCGCCGCACACUGCAUGCUGCCAUUGACACCAUUCGCGCGAUCAAUCAGCUGAGAGCGGGCGGCGCGGCUGGUAUGAUGGAUGGGGUUGUGAGCCACGAUCCAAAGAGGGGAGCAGCUCCGUCGGCGAAACCGUCACAGGUUCCGCAGCCUGUGGCUGAGGGGAGCGACCCCAUGGAGAUUGACUCCCGGAACAACGGGCAUGGGCAGACGGAAGAAAUGAUCAGGGAGCAGGAGAGGAAAAUCCGGGAGACGACUCAGGGGAUGUGGCGGAGGUGAGGUGAGCGAUGAUGAUCUUAGAAGCUAUGAAGCGAUGUUUGAGCGGAUAUUGCGAAUAGAGUCUUGAGUGGUUUUCAAUUUGGGGGUUCUUUGGUUCGUUCUUUACGACAUCCAGUGUGGAUGUCAUUUGUCGAUGAAGAUAUACGCUUGUACGACCUGGUACGGCUGUUGGAUGCAUCAAUGGGGAACAAGAUGGUAGGCUGGUUGGCUGGCACGGUGUUAUUAACCCAGGAGCUCUUCCAGGAUCUCUGGGUGGUAGGUACUUCGGUGGGGAUACAUCUCCCCGCGUCCAUUUCACUGGAAUUUCAUUGCAUACUCAAAAACUAUCUCUUGCCACUAAAUAUGUUCUACCUCGACUUACAUCACCCGCCCGUCUACCUACUACACACAUUCCCAUUCAUUCAUUCACACGAAACCAGCCUCCCGCCCACAAAACAUCUUUCCCUACUUCUCAACCGACAAUAA